GAGUUGUUGUUACCCUGACAUUCAUGAAGGGAGGCUUGAAGCUCCUGGUAACUCAAAUUGAGGGCUUGGAGCUCAGCUUCAACCCGACUAAGGUUUGUGCAAGUGGCACAACCGGAGGCGGUGAGGCGGUGGGAUACGGUGAGGCUGAACCGCUAUCCGACCCCCCUGAAGCACAGGACGAAUCCCUCAAGCCAGGAACCGUGGCGCUGCAGCCCAACCCGCUCUCUGGAUACAAUCAGCAGAUCGAAAAGACAGCGCUCUCUGCAGACGACGAGGCGGCUUCUGGAGGUUUCAAUGUUCCGGGAACACCAACGAUCGCACCUUCACCCGAGUUUAUGGUCAUGAAUACGGCGCAGGAAUUCACAGCAGGAGUACGGACGCCACACAUCAAUGUCUCGAUGGUCUUCAACUCUGUCCUGCGAAAUGGCGAUGUCAUCAUUGUCACCCCGCCACCAGGCUUUGACCUCCUUUCCGAAGACGGCGGAUGCCGAGACUUCCAAUGGAUUGGAACCUUUCGACCGCUUGUUCUCUCGCCUCCCCCGGCCUGCAACUGCACCAUGACACCCUUGCAGUGCAAGCUUGAGUUGAACGUCAUGGAGAGUAGCCAGUUCCGCGGCCUUGCGCUGGGCGAGCAGGUGAGAAUUGCCUUCGAAAUGAGCGUGACAAACCCUGUGAUGACGCCGGACAUAGUGGAGGACUACUGGCGGAUGGAGCUAUGGCACGGGACCAGUCCUCCAUAUCCUUUCAGUGGAGGGCUUGCUGAGAGCUGGCCCGUCUAUGGAACACUGGACAACUUGACAGUCUCUCUGGUGGGCUUCGAGAGACGCGCGGGUGCUAUGAGCGAUCUACGCUUCGAUUUCGUUCCGAGUGUCUGGGGCACAGCAUUGGACAUCGUGGUCCAUGAGCCAACGGGGUUCCAGUUCCAGAACGCACGCGUCAACGCACCAUGGAUUCGACAUGAGCUCACAACGGGAAGUCGCCUGGUCCUCAUCGGUGGCACGCUUGUACCAGGACAGAUGUCCCAGCUAACUCUAUCCCUCGUUCGGCUCGGAGAUGGCGGUGGGCCCACUCGCAUCAGCAUUCGUGUUUUUGCAGAUUCGCAAUUAACGCGUGAGACGGCAAGGAGGCUCAACUUCCUGCAGGGCUUCCGACUUCCUGGUGCAGUCGUUGCUGAAAAUCUGCGGCUUUGGAGCGAGACCGUAGUGGACCACUGGUCCGGUGAGCAAGCCGACUCCGUCAGCCCAUUGCUGCCAUGCCAUACAAACACGCUGGCACGGUUCGAGAUCUUCAUCCGGUUGAGCAAUGUGAUUUUGCAUGGAGACGCAUUGAUCAUCACGAACAGCGUGCCCUUUGGAGAAGCGCCUUGGGAGCCUUCCACAGAAGCGGAGUAUGAAUCAACAUUGGAGAUGUGUUUGGGCCCCGGCCAGCACGGAGGUAUCGCGGAAAAUGGUACAUGGAUAUGUGACCGCGUCCAGGAAGUCAACAUCACAAGCCGGAUGGUCAUUCGCAACAGCGUGGGCAUUGUCAUCGGAAUGCGCUUGACUUUUGGGGCCAUGAGACCGGAGUACGUACUCAGCCAGGCCUCCUUGGAUGAGGUGAGAAAUCGGUUAAAACUCGAAGGAGAUCUUGAAUUUCGCGAGCUUGCUCUGGAGGCCAACCGAGAUUACCGCCUGCGCAUCUGGCUUCGUGCGUCUCCCGCACAGACUAUGUGGAGCAUUUUAACGGAAGACGCCCUUGGAUUUCUCUCCAAUACAAACGACGGUCUGACGCCGGGUUCCGUUGCUGUCCCAGAAAUGACCUUGACGGUGACUUCCAGCGUGACGCGGGUACCGCCAGAAUCCGCAGUAUACGUGCGAGUUCACGUACGGACUGGUCCGUCACAAGGGCCUUUCAGCAAGCUUCAGCUGCUUCUGCCGUAUGGCUUCGCGCCCCAUGGUGCUUCGGCAGCUCCUUCGUCCAGACUGAUCGUCGGCCUGAACCUCGAGCAGGGCGAGGGUGUGCUGGACCAAGUCACAGGGAUGAUGUUCAACCUGCGGAUCAUGACACCAGCUACCAAUGUGCCCGACUUGCGCUGGUUCGUACUGGCCAAAGAGGUUAUCGUUGACGACAUCACUGGAAUCACAGUUGAACCCAUCAACGGUUGGGCCGAUGCUGGUGGAUUUGGUGUUGCACCCUGUCCGGUGUCGCUUAUGUAUGGGGCUAUUCCCAGCGCAACAGGUUGGUUGUCAAUUUCUUUCUAUGUCCCGGCGAUGGUUGCGGGCAAGUUUGUCUUGAUCACGGCGCCAGAUACCUUCUUAGUGCAAUGCCCCAAGGUCGAAGAAACAGGUUUGGAACUCGCCUGCGAAGACUUCCGAGUCCGCGAAGCCCUUCCCCUGUUUCUACAGUCACUGCAGCGGACGGUGAACGUCACUCUGGUGGGAGGAACUUCAGAGGGAGACAACGUGCUGUACAUGUUCCUGCUCAAUGUGCUGACUCCCGCAGAGCCCAACAUUUUCGAUGUUUGGCAAAUCAGAGUGCUGGAUGAUGGAUUUGCAGUGGUGGAUGCGGCCCUAGCAGUGCAGCAGCCCCGCUUCGUGCUGGAUCUUGAGAUGGGCAAUCCGUCCCUGUCUUGGCUGCAGCCACCGCAGAUGGGCGAGGUCUCCAACGUGCAAGUGGAGGUGAGCUUUCUCCGCAGAGUCAAGGAUGUGAAAGCCAUCUUGGUGUCCCUGCCGGAGAACUACCGACAUGACAUUCAGCAUAAGAACCAGUUGCGGAACGUCAACAAACAGUUCCCGCUCACGAUUGAUACGGAGUGGCGGGUCUUCGACAACUUGAGGUACAUCAAGGUGCUUGUGGAAGUGGCCGAGACAGGUGAGGCUCAGAUUAUCAUCGCCGGUACUUACCAGUGGCAAUUCCCAGUCAUGGUUCCCUUGAUCAAGCCGUUUACAAGCGAGUGGUACGUUAGCCUAUGCGCAGAGCAGACGUGCACGGAGGUGCAGGAUCCUGGAAUCAUGGCUUCUUUUCCAGUUCCCAACAACGAGCCACAGCUGCCGGCCAAAGUGUUUCAGGUGGUGUCAACGACGGGGGCUGGCUGUCAUAAUCACUUCUCCUGGAUGGUCAUGGGCAUGUUGCUUUUUGCCGCAACUUCGUAG